GCCUCCACGCCCUCGACAGCUCAAAGCAAGGCUCGCAGGCCGGCGCCAGCAGCAGGCGUCAGCCCAAGCGGACAGGCACAGAUUGCCAGAGAGCGGCCCACGAUGGACUUCACCGCAGCCUACCGCGCCACGGCGCUCUGCUACUCGCCCGGCUCCACGUUCCUCGCCUCGCUCUCCGGCGGCGCCGGCGGCCAGGUCGUGCUGGUGCGCGCCGCGCUCUCCCUCGCCGUCGUGCGCACCUGGAGCUUGCCGCUGCGCAUCGCCUCUCUCUCUUGGUCUCCCGACGGCGCCUAUCUGCUCGCGGUCGCACUGGCAGACGCUACGAUCUUUGUGCUGUCUCUCGACCCGGCGCGCGAGGCGCAGCGCGGAGAAGACGCGGGCGAAGGCUGGGUGGCGAGGAUACAGGCGGGCGCAGAGGGAUUGGUGGCGGCGCAAUGGGCGCCGCAUGCCGCGAGCCACACCGUGCUGUGCUUCAGCGAGGAUCAGCUGCGCGUCUCGGCAUACGAGCUGGCCACGCAACGAACGACGCUCUUGGAGGCGCCAAAGACUGCCAAAGCAUAUGGUAAUCCACAACACGCCUCCUUUGCCCUGCUGCAGCGCGCAAACGGCAAGGAUGGCAUCUCGGUGCUGUCGCACAGCACGCAAGCGACGCGUCCGGCAUGGACGCUGAGCGAGAGCUUCGCAGUCGCCACGAACGACGCGGCAGACUUGGCAUGGGCGCCUUCUGGAUUGUCUCUGGCCGUGUGGGAGAGUGCGCUCGAGUACAAGCUUCACAUCUACACGCUCUCCGGCUUCCUACGCGCCACAUUCGCCAUUGGCGCGUUGGAGGGGCACGUGGAGAGCAGUGGUCCCGGGGGAAGUGAUGCGCCACAGCCUCGGCUGGCGGCGAGCGGCAGUGUGCGACGACGCAACGACGACGAGGCAGAGGCGCUGCGGCGCGUGGCCGGCGGCGCGCUGGGCAUUCGCACGGUGGUGUGGAGCCCCAAUGGCAAGAUGCUGGCUGUGGGAGGGUAUGAUGAACAGGUGCGCGUGCUGGAGGAUGCCAAUUGGGAGGAGAUGGCGACGCUGGACCACGCUAAACGGAGCAUCAUGCCCACUCCGGCUGCGCGGCACGAGGCGUACGGCGAACUGAUCGCAUGGCGCGAGCCGAGUCGCUGGAUCGAAGAGACGGGCGGGCGCGGCAUUGUUCCAUACGAGCGCGGCAGCUUGCCGGCCGCACCAGCAGCGUUGCGAGUCGACCACGCAAAGGCGAACCCCAAGGUGGGCGUGCAUUGGCUCGCCUGGUCGCCCGACGGCACGCUGCUGGCGACUCGGAACGAAAAUGUGCCAGCCUGUCUCUACAUCUGGGCCUUUCCCUCCGACUCCGACAGCGCCGGUGCAGAAAGCACGCCGUAUCUGCUAGCGCUGCUCUCUCAGAGCGCAGCCAUCGAACACGCCGCGUGGCGCCCGGCUGCUGCUUCCCACGACGGCGGCAGCGGCGGCGCGACCCUCGCACUCCUCGCGGGCGGCGCGGCGCUGUAUCUCUGGCGGCGCGAGGAUGCGCAGCGGGAAGGGACGAGACAGAGAGCCGAGGCUGUGCCUGUGCCUAUUGAUGACUUUGCUGCCAGCGAGCUCCUCUGGUCGCCCGACGGCCAGAAGGUGACGCUGCUCGACGGGCGCAAGGGCGCGUUCUGCUGCGCCAUUGAUGCGCCCGACGAGGCGUCGUUUGCGAGUCACGAGAGUGUCGAUGAGCGAUGACUGCAAUGGGAAGCAUGUGGUCG